AUGUUCGUGGAGGUGUUGGAGAUGAUCGAGCUCGCGGUACAUACACUUAGCGACCCCACGCCAGUCGAACAUCUCGCCAACGUUCGAGGAAGCGUUACACUCUUGUUUUCUCUCGCCAAAUAUCGGGCCAUGCAUGAAGUGCUUCAGAGAGUGUCUCCACAGAAAGGCCCUGGCAUGCUUUGGAAGAAGAGAAUGCAGGCGAAGCUCGAGCAAGCAGAUUGUGCAAACCGAUAUGACACUGCCAUUGACCUGUCUCAUCAAGUCCUUUCAUCCGCAAAGACGUCCGAUGAAUCCCUGACCUCGACUGCUCUGUCUAUGGAUGAUCUCGGAGUGGCUUUAAUGCACAGAGGACGUUUCCGAAAUGCUGCUUCUGAGUGCCGGAAAGCGCUGGCGGAGAGGAGGAUCGGUCUGGGGAGCUCGUAUUCUGAUACGCUUACCAGCUGUCACAACUUGGCCGAGAUUCUGAAGAGAGAUGGCCAGACUGCGGAGGCUAUGAGGUACAUUCAGGGAGCUUUGGUAGGCAGAAAGAGUAUUCUUGGCCCUGAUCAUCUGGAGACUGUGCACAGCAGAUUUGUGAAGGCGAGCAUUCUUCGGUACAAGGCAGUAUCCGUCAAUGACUUUGAUGAAGCGGAACCUCUGGUUUUAAGUUGCAUUGAAAAGCUGGGCUUCACCUUGUCAAACUCUCACCCACUUGUCAUUUCGUGCACAAGCAAGCUCGCACUCAUCAUGCUCGCACGCGGCAACUACGAAAUGGCGGAGCAGAUGAAUCAAGAAGCCCUCAAUGCCAGAGAGCAAGGACCAUGGCUCGAAGCCUCGACACAUCCCGAUACUCUCACAAGCAAGCAUCAGCUAGCCGAAGUACUGCGACUGAAAGAGGGAUGCAAAUCGGCAGACGUAUUGAGCGAAGCUGUAUUCACAGACCGCACAGCUAUUCUGACGAACGGCACUCUUACUGGACAAUAUCUCCCCCCCGAUCAGCUUGCCAGUCUUCAUCACUGA